UAAAAAUAGUGGAGGGGGUGUGCGAGCCCUGAAACUCCCCCAACAGACGCUCGAGUCCAUCUGUGCACCAACAGUGAACUAAAGCGAGAGAAGAAAACUUUUAACCCAGCAGUUACACUAACACUGCAUAAAUACCAAACUCUGUGCAAACAAACUUUAACUGUUAGACCAUUUACAGCCAUUUUGGCAACUUCUCGGUGGCGACACGUGUGUCAUGAAAACGCGUUUGGCUCUCAGUAACGGUGACUCUUGUCUUUCACAGAACAGCAGUAGGAAGAGUGUAGAAAAGACGGAUGUAACACAAUGAACCGCGUCGCGAACGACACGACGUAGCCUCGCCGUUUUUUGGCUAGAGUUGAAAACGCGCUUUCUUUUUCUUAUGCCUUUGCUGAAGGAAUAACUCUCCCAAGUGUCGGUUCUCACGGGCGAACAGCGUGUGUUUCUCAGAAGGAUUUUAAAGGUUACCAAUGGGGUCUCAAGGGCCAGGACGGAAAAGAACCCCCAGCAAAAAUGGGUUGACUGCAGAGGAAGAUGCCCUCAACGUAAUCGCAAAAGAGGCUGAAGCCCGUUUGGCAGCGAAGAGAGCGGCCCGUGCAGAAGCUCGUGAGAUCAGAAUGAAAGAACUGGAGCGACAGCAGAAAGAGAUUUAUCAGGUGCAGAAGAAAUACUAUGGCCUGGAUAACCUGGACAACAAAUGGGGGGACAUUGAGCAGUGGAUGGAAGACAGUGAGCGAUAUACACGUGUCUCACGGAGACAUGCUUCGGUGUCAGAUGAUGAAGAACGGAUGUCAGUGGGGAGCAGAAGCAACGUACGGUUGGAUUUGGAUGCAACUGGUGCUUACGGCGUGGCGUCCUCUUCUUACUCGCAUAAGAAGUCCAAGAAAAAGAAGAAACAUUCUUUUAAAACCAGCAAUGGCUAUGAUGAUGAUCUCAGCACAUUGUCUAGUCGGAGCUCCAGACUAAGCGAUGAGAGCAAAAGGUCUCGCUCCUCUAGACUUGAUCUGCAGUCGAGUGCCUACUAUUCUUCAGAGCUAUACAGCAACAGUAGUUACUCCUCUAAACAUCAAGUUCCUUCCUACAAUGGAAAUCAGCUGUCUUUGCUGCACAGCAGGAAGCACAGGGGCUCUAUUUAUGAAGAUAGUCUCUACGGUGGUUCUCGACGCUCCAGUGCUCGUGCUUCGUCUGAGUACAGUGGCUUUCUGGGCUCCAGCUCUAGGACUUCAUCCAGGGCAAACUCUGCGUGUGGAAGCCCAGUGGAGGACUGCAGCAGUUCAGUGGCUAGUUUUAAGCGCAGCACAGCCAGUAUAAGUGGCCUCUCUAGAGAUCUUGACAACAUCAUCAUCCCUGACUUGCCAAAUGUUAAUGGGAGGAUGUCCUUGGCUGAUGACAGGUUAGAGCGUGACUACUUGGAAAAGGGCUCCUCACGAGCAUCAACCAUAUCUGGCACCACCCUCACCUCUCUGGGUGGGACGUCCUCACGGAGAGGGAGUGGAGAUACGUCCAUCUCUGCCGACACAGAAGCCUCCAUACGGGAAAUCAAGGAGAUCCAUGAGCUUAAGGAUCAGAUUCAUGAUGUGGAGGCAAAGCACAUGCAGAACCUUAAAGAGCUAAAGGAUUCCCUAUUGGAGGUUGAGGAGAAGUACCGUAAGGCCAUGGUGUCCAAUGCACAGCUGGACAAUGAGAAGACCAACAUGAUGUAUGAAGUGGACACUUUAAGAGACUCUUUAAUGGAACUGGAGGAGAUGCUCUUUGAAACUCGGCGUGAGCUGGAGGAAAAGAUUAAGGAUCUUGAAAGAGAGAAGCAUGCUCAUAGUAUACUGCAGUUUCAGUUCAGUGAAUUGAAGGAGACGCUGAAACAGAGUGAAGAACUGCUGUCUGAUAUUCGUCAAUUACGACUCAAGCAAGAUGGCUUUGUUAGGGAGAUUUCUGACCUCCAGGAAACUAUUGAGUGGAAGAAUAAAAAAAUUGGGGCAUUAGAGCGGCAGAAGGAGUUCUCUGAUGCCAUUCGAAAUGAGCGGGAUGAGCUCAGAGAUGAGGUUGUUCAGCUCAAAGAUGUUUUGAAGAAACAUGGCAUUGUCCUUGGACCUGAUUUAGUCACCAAUGGAGAAACGGGGGAUGAAGUUGGAAAUGCUGAUCCGAAUUCUCAAACAGCCUCAGCUGAAAUUCGAGAGGGAAGUAGUGUACUAGGCAUUCAUCAGUUGAAGCAUAAAGACCAGGAACAAAAAUAUUUGGAUGAUGAGGUGCAAGGAAAUCAGCAGUCUUCAAAUGCCCUAUUCAGUUCUACUAACCCACCGUUAGAGGCAAAUGACAAUGGUGUCCUUGGGGACUCUGUGGUUCCAGGUGUAGGGCAGCAUGAAAAUAGAACUGAAGAACCUUUAAGUUCUGUUGGUGAUGAAGAAGUCACCGCUACAGCACCCAAGGAGGAGGUCAAAUCUGAGGAGCAUGAACUGAAAGAUUUGAAAAAUAAUGCUGUGGAAUUGAAGCGCAAAGUUUGUAUGGGUGAACAUUUGGAGACCGAGCAACAAGAAAGCAAAUGCGUCAACUCAAGUCAGGAAAUCAAAGAGGAAGCUCCUUUAGAUUCUGUCUCUAAUACAAUGCAUGAUGAAACUGAUAAACCUGAUGAGGCAGUACUUGAUGAACAAUGCAAAGAGGAGCCUGUGGAGUCAUCUCAAAUGGAGGAACCUCCUAAAACUCAAGUUACCAGUGCUUCAAAUAAAAAGAAGAAAAAGAAGAAGAAGAACAAGCAAAAGCAAAAACAAAGUGACAAGCAGGAGAGUGGCACAGCAAUGGAGGUUUUAAAUGAGGAUAAUUCAAACCAAAUAGUGGAAAGUGUUCUGGAAGGAACCAAUGAGGAACCUUUAGCGAAUGCUGUUUCUGAAACAACAAUGAAUGCAGACCUUCCAGCCAGCUCAUGUAGUGAUAUAACUACCAAAGGACAGGACCGUAUUGAAGUAGCAGCCACAAAUACUGUUGUGGAUGAUGUUCAUGACGGCGUUCAGUUAGUUACAGAUGAAGUUGAUUCAGCAGAAAUUUCUAAAUCCAUCUCAAAUUUUGAUUGCUCUGAAUCUAGCAAUGACAUCCUUUCAGAAGGUCCAUCCAACAAUAUUAUCUCCAAUACCACAGAUGAUCCAUCAAAUAAUAUUAUCUGCAACACUGCAGAUGAUCUGUCAAACAAUAUUAUCUCUGAUACUGCAGAUGAUCUGUCAAACAAUAUUAUCUCUGAUACUGCAGAUGAUCUGUCAAACAAUAUUAUUUCUGAUACUGCAGAUGAUCUGUCAAACGAUAUUAUCACAAACACUUCAGUCGAUCUGUCAAGCGAUAUUAUCACCAACACUCCAGAUGAUCUUUCAAAUGAUAGUAUCACCAACACCGCAGAUGAUCCAUCCAACAUUAUUAUCUCUGACCCUGCAACCAUUAUUGAGGAGCGUGCUGAGGAUUCAGCAAAUUCUUCCCUAGAGCCUGCAAUCACUUGCAGUGAGCUUAAGUCUUCAGAAAUGGAGGCUUCAUGCCAUGAACCUUCAGUUGGGCCCAUCACCUCUGAGAACAACAAGACCUUGUUGGUGGAUGCCAAAGAAGAGAAAGUUGAUCUGGAAUGUGAUGAAGAGCCAAGUCCCCAAAAUGUUGAUGUUGAUAGGAUUUGUGACCCUGAAGAUCAAGAGGCCUCUGCUCAAUUCGAUUUCCAUGUGAUGGAGAAUGUGGAAAACAAAGCUGAACUAAUGAUGCAGGAACAAACUGUUGAUCCGCUAAUGGACAGUCAACUUCAAGACAGCGUUCAGUCAGAAGUGGGCAAAGAAAAGGAACAAGGUGAACUAGAUAAAGAAAACCUUGAAGCACAUAAAGAAGAAGUGUUUGCUGGAAGCAAAGUUGAUUAUAGUCCUUUCAUUGAAACCCAAGUUCAGGUUGUGCAAGAUGAUAAUCUGUUCACCAAUGAAGCAAAUCAGGAAUCAGUGGAACCUUCUGACCAAAAUUCAAUGGUAGAAAAAGUCGAGGAAGAAAUAUCAAUCCAAGGUCUGGUUACACCUGAUGGGCAACUGCCUAAAGAUGACAAUGACCUUUUGAUAGAGUUAGAUGUGGUUGGUCUAGUGCACAAGCAAGAAGAUGCUGAUGAGGAAGACGAAGGAGAAUCUUUUGAUUUUGAUGAAACAGAUCUUGAAGUAUCAUCAGAUGGCCCUCUGAAAAAAUCUCUAGACAAACUAAAGGAGGAAGUUACUCUAUUAAAAGAAAAUGUCCAAGAAGCCAGUCAAGAAAACCAAAGCAAUGUUAUUGAUGAGGAUCUUACUCAAGAAGAUGAACAUCUACAACUGGCAGAUCAGGAAUCAAAGCCACAUGAGCAGAAAGAUGAUGGACAUGACACAGAAAACAUGCAAUCAAGAGAUGUUGAAGGAUGUUUAACAGAGAAAAGCCUGAUCAAUUGUGACGUCAGUCCUCUCAGUCAGCAGCACAAUACAUCUGCAAAUAAAGAAGACACUUUUGAGGAGCAUCAGAAGGCAUUAGUAGAUGUGCCAGUCAGUGAAAGAGUUAAUCUGAUGUCUGACAAGGAGAAAAGAGAAGUAGGCCAAGAGAUCAGUAGUUCCAUUCCCCACAAAAAACAGGCGUCAGUGAUUUCAGGGGAUCCAAAAUUAGAGAAGGAAAUCACUGGGAACAACAAGGAAGAUGAAAGCAGAGAAUCUAGAAAAAGUGCAAAAGGGAAAGGGAAGGGCAAGGGGAAAGAAGAUUGUAAAAUGUCGUAAUACACAAAUGAAUAAUUGAAAGUCUUUUCUCAGCACCUUCCAUUCGAUGCAUUGCACUUGUUAUAGGUCUUAAUGAUUUUUUUGGGACCAUUGCUUUUGAGAAGCCUUGAAAACCAAAGUUAUUUUACAGUCAAGUCUAAUUAGCAGUCAUUAUUGCCGUUUCAUCAAACAUAUUUUAUAUAUGAAUGUUUUACAUCUAAUCAAAAAUAUUGAAUGUACACAAACUCAACCCUCUAAAUAAAGCACAUUAAAUGUUAGCAGUAAUGACUGUAAAGUGUCAUAUUUAUUUUGAAUUUUACAAAGCAAUGAAUAAACAUUUUCUCAUAGUAAUAUGUGAUUUUUCUGUUUGGUAAAUUCCCACCUUUCUGUUAAUGCUGCAGUGAUGUUUGGAUCUUUUGAAUGUUGUUUUAAAGGGUGGACUGUUGUUCAUAAUGGGGUAAAUAAAAAUAUGGUUGUGUGCCAACCUUAUAAGAACUUGA